CUUUUGAAAAUGGCUAAACUGAAACCUUGUUUUCUUUUUGGAUGAUACAGAAUAAACAAGGAGUCAUUUAUGAAAAAAAAAUCUCUCGCUUUCAGUUCCUCUUGGUUAACUGACUUUUAAAUACAAUAGAAUUUUCCCUUUUAACAGUUUUUGGGAAACUCUCACAUGGUUCUGAAACAUUUUUAGUUCAGGCAACUGGUUCUGUGGGGAGGCCUUAAGCCCCUUUUGAGACAGUUGGGCCCUUUCUAUAUUUCAUUGUAUGAGACCAAAGUGGUGGAAAAUCCCUACUGACGUUUUCUUUCCUUCACUGGUAAGUUGUGGAGGCGGCCCCCAUACCUAGUAAUUAUUAGAUCUACCUUGAGAACUUCAAAAAACAUACGAUUUCCUGGACCUUACCUCCUCCAGAAUUCAAACCAACAGUCCUGUCCUCUGACAGGGUAUCUUUUAAAUCCAAAAGAUGUUUUGGGAGACGAGGUGUCGUGAUGAAGUCAUUGAAUGUGGGAUGAUAUGGCUUUGGUUUUGAAUCUAGACCCUUAGUUCCAUAUGACCCUCGGCUCAAUAAUUUAAUUCUGUUCCUCAAUUUCUACAUUCGUCAAAUGGAAAUAGUAGCACAUUCUUAGGUGGUUGCAAGAAACAAACAUGAGCACCAUGUGAACUUGCUUAGUCAAAUGUAAAGUGACACAGGACAUUAGUAACUACUGGUGGUCAGAGAGCUGAUGGAACCAGGUUUCAUAAAUGUAGUUUUACUAUGAGUAUGACUUUAUUUCCAAAGCAUUCGUUUCUAAACAUGGGUUUGUCAGUGUGACUGUAAGCAAAUUUAAGUUACCUCUUGGGCUCUACGAGAGAGUCUGAUAGAAGGAUUGUACCAAAGGACUCUUCUCCACAAAAGGAGUGUCAUCUCCACAUACUCUGUACAUCUUUGUUUGUACUCUUGGCUGUUUUUUAUGGAACAGGAGACACAGAGUGGUUAGAACAUUGGAAAUCUAUUUCUUUUGAAUACACCAAGCAGAUUGUGAUAUUCAUUCUCUGUAACCGUGACCUCAGAUAACCCCAACUUCCCUUUAGCAGCACAGAUGGGUGUUAUUUUGGAAAGUUACCUAAUUUUUAAUUCACCCAUGGCAGCUGCAGUUCUUAUUUACCAAGGGAGGGGAAUAAAUUAUAAGAAUAAGCAUAAAAAGUUUUAGUCAGUUGUCAGUUCUUAGGCGUGCCAUAAAAGAGAAGAGGUGCAGUAACGGAAAACAUUGAUGUUUCCCAAAUGAUCACCAUUGACCUUGGAAUGUAUUCCCGCUCUUCCAUGCGCUGCAUGACUCUGCGCCUCACCUGAGGAAAAGAAGAUUUUUCAGAUCCCCUGGAUGCAUGCGGCUAGACAUGGAUGGGAUGUGGAAAAAGAUGCUCCACUCUUUAGAAAUUGGGCAAUCCAUACAGGAAAGCAUCAACCAGGAGUAGAUAAACCUGAUCCAAAAACAUGGAAGGCAAAUUUCCGAUGUGCCAUGAACUCCUUGCCUGAUAUUGAAGAAGUCAAGGAUAAAAGUAUAAAGAAGGGAAACAAUGCCUUCAGAGUGUACCGGAUGUUGCCCUUAUCUGAACGACCUAAGAAAGGAAAGAAACCAAAGACAGAAAAAGAAGAUAGAGUUAAACACAUCAAGCAAGAACCAGUUGAGUCAUCUUUGGGGCUUAGUAAUGGAGUAAGUGAUCUUUCUCCCGACUAUGCGGUCCUGACUUCAGCUAUAAAAAAUGAAGUGGAUAGUACGGUGAACAUCAUAGUUGUAGGACAAUCACAUCUGGACAGCAACAUUGAGGAUCAAGAGAUUGUCACCAACCCACCGGACAUUUGCCAAGUUGUGGAGGUGACCACUGAGAGUGAUGAGCAGCCGGUCAGCAUGAGUGAGCUGUACCCUCUGCAGAUUUCCCCUGUGUCUUCCUAUGCAGAAAGCGAAACUACCGAUAGUGUGCCCAGUGACGAAGAAAACUCCGAGGGGCGACCACACUGGCGGAAGAGGAACAUUGAAGGCAAACAGUACUUCAGCAACAUGGGGACACGGAGCACCUACCUGCUGCCCAGCAUGGCAACCUUCGUGACGUCCAACAAGCCCGACCUCCAGGUCACCAUCAAGGAGGAGAGCUGUCCCGUGCCUUACAACAGCUCCUGGCCCCCCUUCUCAGACCUCCCCCUGGCGCCCGCCGUGGGCCCAGCCGCCAGCAGCAGUCGGCCAGACCGGGAGACGCGGGCCAGUGUCAUCAAGAAGACGUCCGACAUCACCCAGGCCCGGGUUAAGAGCUGUUAGGCCCUUGACUUUUCCCUGGUGGUUGUUGGGGUUUCUUGGCUUUGUUUUGUUGUUUGUUUGUAUUUUAUUUUUCUCUCUGAUACCUGUUUUAGACAAAUCUAAGGGAAAAAGCCUUGACAAUAGAACAUUGAUUGCUGUGUCCAA